AGCACAUAAAGGUCGAUGGGUGCCCCCCCCCCAGCCUGUGCUGUCUCAGCCCCUGAGUGAGUGCUGACGGGAUCGAGGAAGGGAUCGCAGUCAUGGGGGACCCUUUCAUCAGGCACAUCGUCCUCCUGGGCUUUGAGAAGCGUUUUGCCCCGAGUCAGCACUUCGUCUACAUGUUCCUGGUAAAAUGGCAGGACCUCUCAGAGAAGGUGGUCUACCGACGAUUCACAGAGAUCUAUGAGUUCCAUAAACUGUUAAAAGAAAUGUUUCCCAUCGAAUCCGGACAAAUCAGCUCAGAGAACAGAAUUAUCCCCCAUCUCCCAGCCCCUCGAUGGUUCGACGGCCAGCGGACCACAGAGAACCGCCAGGGCACCCUGACCGAGUACUGUAACACCCUCAUGAACCUGCCCACCAAGAUUUCACGUUGUUCCCACGUGCUGGAUUUCUUCAAAGUCAGGCCCGAUGACCUGAAGCUCCCGUCCGACAACCAGGUGAAGAAGCCAGAGACGUAUUUGAUGCCCAAAGAUUCCAGGAACAAUGUUUCGGACAUCACCGGCCCCAUCAUCUUGCAGACCUACCGAGUGAUUGCCGAUUAUGAGAAGAAUUCAAAUACGGAGAUGACCUUGAAGUUGGGGGACUUGGUGGAUGUGGUGGAGAAAGGACAAAGUGGCUGGUGGUUUUGUCAAACGAAGGCCAAGCGUGGCUGGGUACCAGCUUCUUACCUGGAGCCCAUGGACAGCCCAGAUGAGUCUGAAGAACAGGAGCCCAAUUAUGAAGGGGAGCCCUAUGUCACCAUCAAAAAUUACACUGCUGUGGAGGAGGAUGAGAUGACCCUGGAAGAAGGGGACACCAUUGAGGUUAUCCACAAAUUGCUGGACGGCUGGUGGGUCGUCAGGAAAGGUGACAUCACAGGCUACUUCCCAUCCAUGUACCUGCAGAAGUCUGGGCAGGACAACACCCAAGCCAAGAACCUCAUCAAGAAGAGGGGGGCUCCUCCCCGCAGGUCUUCCAUCCGCAAUCCUCAGAGCAUGCACAAGUUAGCCCGGAAGCGCAUCAGCCAAGAUUCCUACCGGAGAAACAGUGUCAAAUACAUUCAGCAACGGAAGAUGAGCCGCCAGCUCAGUGCCCAGAAGGAGCAGCCCAUCGAAGAAUCCCCAAAGCCACCCAUGCAGCCCCAGCCUGCUGUGCCUCCUCGACCCAGCCAGGACCUUAUUCUCAACCGCUGCAGUGAGAGCACAAAAAGGAAGCUCAUGACAACGGUGUGACACUGAGCUGGACUUGGCACUCUUGGCCUCCAGAUGGGUGGAAUGGGACGUGAUGGCAAGGACUCUCUUUAUGGCAGCCCCAAGUCACAGGACCAGGAAGGACCCAACAGUUCUGUUCUUACCUUCCACUUGCCCCCAUCUUCCCCCUUUAGGGUUUGUGCCUUUGUCAAGGUUGUCCAGCCCUUUGGGGGAGUUCCUUCAUCUUUGCAUCACCCUGGUCCUCCUCCUCUUCUAGGAAGUCAGCCCUGAUUGCAGUUGGUUCUCGGUACCCCCACUGGCCCCUCCUUCCCUACUCCGUGCUGCUUUGUACAUAUGUGUAUAAUCUUUGGGAAUUGCCCACUUCUCUUUUUUCCCCUCUUUAGGCUGUGAGGCAGACGCUCUCUGCCUCUGGUGUUCUCUCUGUAUAGUCUAGUCCCAUGGCAGCUGGCUCUCAAUAAACAUUGGUUUAGGAGGACAUGGAAGAGUGGGUUAGUGGGCCUGACUGGGUCCCUGGCGAGCCCUGGGCAUGUCAUUGGAGUUGGGGAAUCCAGCCAGGCCUGGCACUCCUGCCCCCCAUCCUCCCUCCACUCCCGGGCUGGGGGCUCCAGUGAUUUGCCAGAAGAGGAAGUUGCAGGAGUUCAGGGUUGGAGGGGGGCCCAUUGCACACAGUCUUGGCCAAGAACAGGCUUGUGAAAGGCCUCACUGCAAAGAGGGACUUCCUCCUCCAGCCGGCCUCCCCAGGGCAUGCUCAUUGCCUAGGCAUGCAAAGGACAUCCUCUGUCAAUCAAAAGGAACAUUCCAUUUGGAAUGUUACCAGGAAAAACAGUUGGAGCCAAGCCAGCAGCUGAAGUGGGCAGGACUUACUUCUGACCUAGGCUGAGAAGCUUCUGAACUGGACCCUUUUGGCUUCUGGAGCUGGGGAGGAGGCUUAUGAAUUAAAGUUUGGCUGCUUGUGGCUGAUAGUGAAGACCCUGAAGCGUUUGCUGACAGACUGAGGUUACCUGGUUGGCUAGAAGAAAAGAAGACAUACAGUUGUCCUAAUCUCCCUGACUGUCCCUGCUAGUGCCUGAUUGCCAUUUCCCCAAUAUCCUCAAAACCAAGGCUCCUUGUAUAGAUUAGGGAAAACCCCAUCCUUCUUACCUCAUCCUCUACCCUUGUCCUGUCUUCCCCAAUAAACAUCCUUACUUGAGAAGUUAAGAGAAAA